AUGAUUCAACAACUUCCACUUGAAAUAGUUACUGCCAUUGCAAACUAUAUCCCACUUAAAGAUACUGGCGAAUUUGCCAGAACGUGCCGUAAAUGUUAUUUUGCAGUAUUGCCUCACAUAUGGCAUGAUCUUACUAUCACCGACACCAAAGAACUAUCAAUUGUAGCCAAAAAAUUACAGACCAACUCACUUUGGGCACAGCGGGCAGUUCAAUUUGUACGAGAUGUGUCCUUCAGCAGUAAAAACAAUAAGCAAUUUUCUUCCACAUUAGCGGCCACUCUGUUUGGAACUACUAGCACACAUACAGAACAAGAGGAUGAGAAAAACGAAUUUGAAAGUGUACAGCCACAUGAGCGAUUUGUAGCAUUUGGACGUAGAAUUUUAGAAUUAUUCCCACACCUCACCAGUUUAUUGGUGGAUUUCUCGGAAGCAGCACGUAACUUUUACAGUACAGAAGAAACAAUUACUCGGUUACCGUUUACGGGUUCUUUUUCCUUGAUAAACUACAGAGCAGAUCAAACAAGGUUUAUGCAUAAUUUAAUAUCACCGUUUAGGAAAAUUCGUCAUUUGAAGGUACAAGGGUUACAAGUGGUGUCUCUAUGUGACGAUAUUGAUGAAUCUAUUUUAACAAACAAUGAUAUUGGUGAAUUGGCUACAUUAGGCUUAAUGGAUCUUGAAAGAUUAGAACUGUCCUAUCUCGAUUUGGACAUCGAGCUGAACACUAUGCAACGCUUAAUGCAAAGUUUACCUCAUCUGCAGCAUUUAGAGCUCGAAUGGAUUUUUCCACCCGCUAAGCAAGAUUAUCUUUUACUAUGUAGUAUGAUGAAAACUUUCUCGCUGUACCCUGACUGUCUCCAAAAGAAAAACAAUAUUCUAUUUGUUCGUUUUAGCCAUUCAUGA